AUGGGGUAUAGGCCCCUAACGAAGGACAAAGAAUGUGAGAGCCUUGUAACCGUGGUGGUCGGAAAAGAGAAGAGGGUGUUCCUCGUGGACCCUUGCAUAUUACAAGAGAACCCUUUUCGGGUUUUGAUGGACACAUCCACGAGGAAGGAGGAGGAUCAUCAAGAGGACAAGGAUCAUCAUCAUCUCCAUCAAAGUAGUAGAGUGGUCUUUGUCGAUGUGGAUGCCAUUUUGUUCGAGCACAUGUUGUGGCUCAUGCACAAUGAUUGUUCUUCUUUGUUCAAGCUUAAUUUGAAAGAGAUUAUUGACUUCUACGCUCAGGAUAUAUGA